AUUUGACUGCGUCAGAGUUUGCCAAUUGCCAGCUGAUAAAAUCUGAGUUUAGGUCAGUUCUCUGGUCUCCACUCUCCCCUGCCGACCGUGAUACAUAUCCUCAUUUUGGCUUGUGUAAAAGAAAAACAAACUACCUUGUUCGACUUUUCCUCCUGAAGAUCAAAAAGCUGGCAUGCACCACUCCGUAGCAAAUUUGAUAACGUUUGUAUAUAAAUCAUGCUGUGGAUUUGAUCCUCUCACACAUCUGGGUUUUGUGCUUGUGUGCAUAAGAGACUGAGAGAGAUAUAUGGAGGUCCAAAAAUUUUGUAAGUUCUUGUGUGCAUAUGUGAUGUUUUUGGUCUCUUCUUGAUUGCUGUAGUGUUGUUUAGUCGCUUUUAGUGUGAAUUUUAGUUGUCUAGAUUGUUUGUUGUUUUUGGAGAUCUGAAUUGUUUCCUCUCUGUAUUGAGAGUUUGAGGUUUUUGGAGUGUAAUUGCUGAUUUGAGUUCCGGUGGUCUGUCUAUUGAAAAGACUUUUGUAAAGUUGUGUUGCUAUAAAAUAAAAAAUAAAAAAUUAGAAAAGAGAUGGAGUUCCAAGAUUGUAGUCAAUGGCAUCACUUGAUCUUUUGUCAAGAGAUGGAAAACGAUGACCAGAAUGAUGUUGUUUGUUGGCUGUGCAAAGAACCAGUAUUGGGAUGUCCCGCCUACAAAUGCUUGGAAUGCAACUUCCUCCAACAUAAAUCGUGCAUCGGGCCAACACACACAAUAAAGAUGGAGGUGAAACAUAAUUUGAGGGAAAGACAUCACUUGAUGUUCAUAGAAGAGCUGAACAAUGGUGGGAAGGAGGAAGUUGUUUGCUUGGGAUGCGAGGAACCAGUAUUUGGUCCCGCUUACAAAUGCUCCAUACCUGAAUGCACCUUUCUCCUUCAUAAACCGUGCACUGAGCUACCCCACAUGAUACAGCACCCUGUGCACCCAGAGCACACCCUUACUCUUGGAGUGCCAUCAAUGAAUAAUUGUUGCGAUGUCUGCAGAUCAUUUUGCGGUGGAUCCCUCUUCUACCAAUGUUUCCCCUGCGAUUUUGAUGUUGACAUCAAAUGUGUUUCCCGUUGGCGAUUUAGUGAUGAAGAAUGCCGCCAACAUACACUCAUCCCCAUGCGGAAGCAGAUGCAGUUCACUUGCGAAGCUUGUGCAGAGGAAAGCAAGGGUAUCGCCUACUUAUGUAGCGUUUGCCGGGUCUUGAUUCAUCGUAAGUGUGAUCGAUUUCCACACACCAUUAAAACUUAUACGCAUGAUCACUCCCUUAUUCGCACCUAUUCUCUUCGUCAAGUUGAGAAGCAGGACAACGUAUUAUGUAAACUAUGUUAUAAAAAGGUGAAUACAGAGCAUGCAGCUUACUUUUGUCGGGAAUGCAGUUACAUUACUCACUUGAAUUGUGCAUAUUGGGUCCAAGAUUCUAGUUCAACCAUUGAGUCGGUGCCCACUAAUUCUGUUGGCUAUGAAUCUCAUUUGGUUCAUUUGGUGGAGGGAAUCAAUCUAACAGAGGAUGAAAAAGCUGGCCCUGGAGAGAUCAAACAUUUCAGCCAUCCACAACAUAACUUAUUCCUCAGCAAUGAAGAGCUUACAGAGUACAAGCGUUGUGAGGCAUGUAUGCAAUUUAUAAUCUCUAGCGCCACAUUUUACAGAUGUACCAAAUGCAACUUCUUCCUUCAUAAUAGAUGUGCUAAACUCCCCUCAAUGAUUAAGCGAGGGUUAUUUCACCAACAUCCACUAACACUCUUCCCACGAGCACCGCACACAGAUGGAUUGUUCCGGUGUCGAGCUUGUAGACGUCUUCGCCAUGGCUUCACCUAUAAAUGUGACGAAUGUGGAUGGUACAACUUAGACGUUCAGUGUUGUUUGAUUCCAGAAACCCUUAAAUAUGAAGCUCACCAACACUCUCUCUUCCUUGCUAUGAGUUCUUUCGAAACUUGCAGUGCUUGUGGUGAAGAUGGUGCGAAAUUCGUGUGCACUAAUUGCAAGUUCGCCAUGUGUUUUAGAUGUACAACUCUUCCACUCAUAGUUAGAUAUGAACAUGAUACACAUCUCCUAACGCUCUCCUCUACAUGUGAAGAUGAUUUUGAAGAAUAUUAUUGUCUAAUUUGUGAAGAAGAACGAGAUCCAGACUACUGGUUCUAUUACUGUGUAAAAUGUAAGUUCACUGCUCAUCCUCGAUGCAUUGUUGGGGGAGAAUCUGUCCAUUAAGUUUGGAAGAACUUAUUUAAAUGAAGAUCAUCAGCAUCCUCUUACUAUUGUCCAAAAGACUGAACAUUCCCAUCCAUGUGAUGUCUGUGAUGCCAAGAAGCAGAUUCAAACAUUUUCCUCCAAGGCAAUUGCAUCUAGCUUCUCAUCUACAAUACAUUGAUAUAGAUUAG